AUGACAUCUAAGAAACUUCGCGUGCUUGUCCUUCAUGGAUAUGGCCAGAAUAGCGAGAUGAUGCGUCUGAAGAUGAAGACUCUCCGAAGUUCGAUCGAGGCCGAACUCAAGGACUACUAUCCGUCAGGGGUCGAAAUGGAUUUUGUUGACGGUCCUGUCGACCUUUCAGAUGAUCAGGAAGAGACAACUCCAACCCGCCUCCAUGCCUGGUGGACAGCCCUUGAUGAUCACAACCGCUACGUUGAGUUGGACGCAAGUCUGACAAGCGUCUUUACCCAACUCCGCGAACGACCCGUGGACGCCAUCAUCGGAUUCUCCCAAGGCGCAGCACUCGCAGUCAUGAUUGCUGCAAUUCUCGAAAACACAACCGAACGGCGUGCUGCCAUGGCCAAGCAAGGCAGCCCCUUCUUGUUCUCAUCCAUACCACAGCAACCACUCAAAUUCGUGAUUGCAUAUUCUGGUUUCAAAGGCUCUCCAGCUUUCUAUAGUGGCUUCUACAAGCCUAAAAUUAGUACACCUGUCCUGCAUAUCUUGGCAAAACUGGACCAUAUGAUUGCCCCAGAAGAUUCCGCGAAACUCAUCCGAAGUUGUAGAAACUCGGAAGUUGCAGAACACCUGGGCGGUCAUUGGAUACCCAAGGACCGGGGCAUGGUCUCGCUUGUUUCGACAUACAUUCGACGCGUGUGUAGAAACACGAGGCGGGCUGAUUCCUUCUGCGAGCCGAAAUGGUAG